CUUCACGCUGCACUUUGAACCACACACACAGACACAGAGGGAAGAGGAACAGUGGAAAUGACUCACAGAUAAAUAGUCACAUUUGGAAUUAUUUCUGGCAGGUUUUCCUUCUACUGCAGCGGAGUAGCAGAGUGAUUUUGUGGACCCCCUAUAGCGGCUCACACUUUGUCCUGUAGAUGUCUCCUGUGGGUUUGUAUUGUCCCCUUUUUGUCUCUGUCUUGGUGUGUUACUGGGGCACAGCAAGCUGCUAUGCAAACGGCAAGGUCACCAAAGCCUGUGGCAGCAUGGAACCCCGCCACGGUGUCCCCGGUGAGACCACUCACAGCCCCUACCGCCUAGAAACCAACACCACCACGUUCAGUCCCACAGAUCGGAUCCAAGUCAUCCUAUCUGGAACGUCGUAUUUUGAGGGUUUCCUGCUUCAGGCCAGAGAUCCAGUCAGUCAGAGCUCAGUAUCCACGGUUGGCACCUUCACCUUGACCAAUCCAAAGACGACACAGCUGCUCACCUGUAAUGAGCACAAGGGUUCAGCCGUGAGCCAUACGAGUAAAGCCAAGAAGACGGAGGUUGUUGUCAUCUGGAAUGCUCCACCUGAUGCUCCCAGACAGGUUCAGUUUUUUGUGACUGUAGUUGCCCACUACAAUUUAUUAUGGGUGAAGCUGCCUGGACCAAUCAUCUAUCAGCACGGUGUUACUCCCCAGCCGGACACGACUACACGUCCCCCCGUGCAGACGACCACAUCCUCCAUCCUGCCUGGGCCUUUCACUUCUGAGGGCUGUGGCCAAUCAAAAUCCUGCCUGCUAGCUCCUCCAGGCUGUGAUCCAAAAGAAGAUCCUCAAUGCUUCUUCCUGUCCACGACUACAGAGGGACCAGACAAAAAGCAGUCUGUGAUGUUUGAGCUGAGUGGCCCAGCGGAGGGAUACGUUUCCUUCGCACUGUCCUGGGACACAUGGAUGGGCAACGAUGAUGUGUAUAUGUGUGUAAAAGAUGGGGAUAAGGUUUCAGUGAGUGCUGCCUUCGUCAGUGGACGAACUCACCCGGAGGACCAGUCGCAGUCUGGUCUCUCCUUGGUGUCAUGGCGGCUAGCAGACGGAGCAAUUCAGUGUAGGUUCAGUAGACCAGUCAAACUGACCAAUCAGGAACCAGCCCGCUACGAUCUGGACCAGGAGUACUUUCUGUUUAUAGCCAGCGGACAUGCUCAGUACGGUAGAGUAAGGAGACAUAGUUGGCAGCCAUUAAUCUCCACCAAGAGCAAACUCAUCACUGGACCCCCUGAGGUCCUACAAGGCUCCCGGGGACCCAUCAUUAUGAAAAUGCAUGGUGCGCUAAUGCUGUUAGCCUGGAUGCUAACAGGAAGUGUCGGUACCUUUAUCGCCAGCUUCUAUAAACCCGAUUGGCCAAAUCAAACUGUGCUCGGCCAGAAAGUCUGGUUCCAGGUUCAUCGAGGCCUGAUGAUGCUGACUGUGACUCUGACCAUUGUGGCCUAUUGCUUCCCAUUUUUCUACAGGAAAGGUUGGAGCAAGCAUGCAGGUGUCCAUCCAUACCUUGGCUGUUGUGUUCUGACAUUGUCUCUGAUUCAGCCAAUAAUGGCUGCGAUGAGACCGUCACCUGACUCACACAGGAGAUAUAUCUUUAACUGGGCCCACUGGGGAGUUGGAUCUGUGACUGAAAUCAUGGCAGUGGCUUCCAUGUUCCUGGGAAUGCGCCAACCAUCACUGCUCCUCCCCCAGCCUUGGGCAACGCAUGUUCUGAUUGGCUACGUGACAUGGCUGGGCUCGUUUAGGUUCCUCCUCCUGAUGCAGAAGCACUUUUACAUCAACAAAUCACUGGGGUCAGAUGACACACAGGGCAUCCUCUCUGACCAGUCAGAGCGUGGUCACUGGGUGUCCUUCGUGAGGUCGCUCCUCUUGGCUGCCUUGGCUCUGGGAAACUCUGGUCUCCUACUUGCCUUGCUGUCUUCUAUUGCUGGAAUUUGACAUUUAAUGGCAAAGAGGUUUUCGAGAGCAUGACUGAAAGCAUGUGUUGCAAGGUUUGGGGUUCCAGUGUAAUUCCAAAUUCAGCAAAGCCUCACAACAGAAAGAAUGAGAAACAUAACUUUAUUAAUCAGACAAACGCACAAUCAUUUUUAUUUACAACCAAAUCUAUUUGACUGUAUAUAUUUUUGUUUUGUCCAUUUUCAGAUUUUUGCUUGUAUUUGUGUAGUUAGAUAUUUAAUUUAAAUCCUUGAAUUAAAUGUAGAUUAUAUCAUUCUAUAUUCAGUGGCAUCAUUAAUGUUUAAAGGCAGCACUUUUAGGCCCUUAUUGAAUAAUUCAUGUAAGAAAACGCUUAGAUCAGCAGAAUAGCCUACUGCAGAUGCUUUUUAUUGCUUUUAAUUUUUGUUUUGAUUCUUACAUGAACUUUGUACUCAGCGUUGUCUUAAUAACUGUAAAACUAGCAUUGACUUUUUUCACAGUCAGUGGUCAUUAAAUUGGAUAUUAUCCUUUUUCAAAGACAGAUCCUGCUAUUUUUGAAUGUCUGAUAACGGCCUGCAAUAAAAGAAACGGUAGCAAUGUGUCACUGCUCCACUUCAUAUGGCACCAUGCAUACUGUUAUUUUAAAGCCAUUAACAACAGGCAGUACAUAUAUUAUUGAGAAGGAAAAAAACAACAGGCAGCCUGCUCAUGCUUAUACAUUUGUUCACAUGCACCUAAACCACAAGACACCAUGAGGAAUGUUAACGCUAGAAAACAUUGAUUAUGGAAUUGCAACAAAAUCUAUCCAUCAAAAUAAACAUGUCAUGGAGUCUUGAGCUUUAAGUUGUUUAUAGUUCAGUUUAUAUGAGAUAUCAGUAGCUAAUAAUGAUAUAAAAUACAAAGAGACCAGAGGAAAAGAUUGUGGUUUUGAGAAAUGCUAAUAAACAUGUUUUGUCUUGUACUUUAAAGAUCCAGUGUGUAAUAUUUAGGAGGAUCUAUCGACAGAAAUGCAUUAUAAUAUCCAUAACUAUGUUUUCAGUGGUGUAUAGACUUUAUAUAAUAGACCGUUAUGUUUUUAUUACCACAGAAUGAGACAUUUCUAUUUACAUACACAGCAGGUUACAUGGAAGUAUCCAUGUUUCUACAGUAGCCCAAAUGGACAACUUUUGAACAACUGUUUCUCUGCACAUGUGCGACGAAGUGGGUUUGCUCACCACUUGUCCCAUACAGGCCAUGACUUUCUAGUUUAUACAUAUAUGUUUAUGUUUUUUCACCACUUACUAUUCCGGGUUGUUUGUGUUUGUAUUAUGUUACAGGUGAGUGCAAAGCAUAUGAUAAGUUAGAGUAAACACAUCAGUCAUAAGUCAGUUUCAGCUCAGUUUUAUUAGGUUGCAAGUUUAAACUUGGUUUAAUUGUUUUCCUGUGUUAAUACUUACAAUUGUUUGUUCCUUUGUUCAGUUCCACCAUGCAGGAUAAUUGUUUGGGGAGGGGUCGGCCUAAGCAUUUCCUGUUUUAUAGGAAUAGGGUGGUCAUGGAUGACAUCACCGGGCCAAACCAAGUAGAGGGUUUUCUUUCUUUAUAGGAAUGUUUCUUUUAGUUGUUUUUGAUUAUUAUGAAUAAAUGUGUGAAUAACCCUGACCUGUUUUCUAGGCAGUGGGAGCGGAGUGAACUGAUAACGAAGUUCCAAAUAUUAAGAGAUUUCUAGAUAUAGAUGUUGUGGAGUAGAUCAACCUGCAUCAGAAUGGGAUGGGCUGAAGCAGUUGGGUGUGAAUUGACCACCCUAUAUAAACAGGGGGAAAAAAGGAGGUGGGGGUGUGCUGCUGUGAACACUCGUGUUAGUGUUGCUAUAAGUUUGAGGCGUUAUUUUUCUUUUGUUAUUUUGGAUUGAAUUAUCCGUGUACUGCUGACCAUGGUCAAUAAAAUAAUCACUUCUGCAAA